AAGAGCAUAAAACAAAAGGCAGAGACGAAAAGUUAGUUAGUAACCAGGCCGAGGUCUUUGAGAAUCGUGGGACAAGCAGACGAAAGCGAAGAUGAAAAUAUCGAUGGUUGUGUGUCUCUAUCUCGUCUCUGCUGGAAUUAAGACAUCAGCCUCGCAAGCUUGUACGAACGUGACAGUGGCAGUUAACGAGUCAAGUCCCCUGUACCCUGUGGCGGACGACGAGCUGACUGAGGUCUUGAUCUAUAUGCCCACGAAGGACUUCGGUUCCGCGGCGGUCUUCCUGGGCUCCGACUGCAUCGUGCAGCUGCUUCAGUUGGGCUCCAAAAGCGCGAGAAGCUGCCUCUUCGUCCAUUCCAUUAACCGGAAGAUCGCGCUGGUCUUCGAGCGGAACACCUCGGCCCUGUCCGUGUUCAAGAGGAAGAACUGCUCUCUGAUACUUAUGGGCGAAGCGCCGCUCCCCCCUCCCGGGUCCGCCUUGCGUGUCGUUCCCGGGGGGCAGACCGUCGUCACCUCCUACAACUGUUUUCUUGCAGAUGAAUUCACUAGGUCACCCGUCUCCUGCCCUUCGCUCAAGCCUUGGGUCCUGACCUGCUCUGCUCUAAUCUUCGCUCUGCUCGCCGUCCUCGUGGCCUGUCCUCUCCGUGGCCGGCUCCAGGCACUUCACGAAAGGAGAGACCCCAAUUCGGCGCCCGCUGCACAUUCCCUAACGGGCCUCCUAGAACUCUGGAGAGGAAGCUGUAACUGUGGUGAUGGAAUUACCACAGGUCACCAUAACUGUGAAUAAUAACUUACUAAACAAUGUAACGAA